GGUGAGGUAUCCUCCGCCUCUUCCCUCUCCCCACAACCCACCCAACUCCCAUUCUAUUCUAUGGAUAACGAGGAGAUAUAGAUAGUCCCCUUUUCUCCUCCCCACCAUCUCCAUUCAUUCAUGGCCCCUCCCCCAUUGCUGUGCACUUUGUAGCACCCCUGAAACCAAGCAAAAGAGGAGCUUUUUCCCACAAGCGCUUCUGGGCUCUUCUUCUCCUCCUCCUCUGCUCUAAAGGAGGGGGGAAACAUGGCCGUGGCCGUCGCCGUGGCUUCUGGGAGCCGCGGGAUUUGCUCCGGGCUGAAGCAGGUGGACAACAAUGGCGUGGCGCCCCUCAAGUGCUGCGCUUACAGGGGAUUGCGCUCCUGCGUCGUCCCGGUUUCGGCCAAGGCCAGGUUAUCUUCCUUUUUCGCUAUAAGCAUUCCUCGAGCCACAUCCCCAACAGCUGUGGAGGAUGGGAGCUCUAAUGUCACCGACACAGUUCCGACGCCCAAAGUUAUAAUAGAUCAGGACUCGGACCCAGAUGCAACUAUCGUCGAAAUAACCUUCGGUGAUCGUCUCGGGAGUCUUCUUGACACUAUGAAUGCGCUUAAGAAUCUAGGGCUCAAUGUUGUGAAGGCUAAUGUCUAUCUCGAUUCUUCUGGAAAGCACAAUAAGUUUGCUAUCACAAAAGCGUAUACCGGCCGCAAAGUUGAUGAUCCUGAGUUGUUAGAAGCAAUACGAUUGACAAUAAUUAAUAAUCUGCUGCAGUAUCAUCCGGAAUCUAGCAGCCAAUUGGCUCUGGGAGCGACAUUUGGAGUUGAACCGCCUGCACAACAGAUUGAUGUGGAUAUUGCGACCCAUAUAGAUAUAUAUGAUGAUGGCCCUGAUAGAAGCUUGCUCGUGGUCGAAACAGCGGACCGUCCCGGGUUGCUGGUUGAUCUUGUUAAGAUUAUUACUGACAUAAACAUCACAGUGCAAUCUGGAGAAUUUGACACCGAAGGAUUAUUGGCCAAAGCGAAAUUCCAUGUCAGUUAUCGGGGUAAACCGCUGAUCAAGGCUCUCCAACUAGUUCUUAUAAAUAGCUUGCGCUACUUCUUGAGGAGGCCAACGACGGAGGAAGCGAGUUUUUAGGGCUCUACUUAAAAGGACAGUUCAAGGUCGCAUAGUGUUCCAACGCAAUUUAAGAUUUUUCUUUCCACAUUACAGCAUCUGGCUGUGUUCCGAAUAAUGUUCUUACUCAUCUACUUUAGUACUCCGUUGCCCGAAAGCUAACUAGUCUGUAUCGAUGGGAUCACACCGUUGAGCCGAAUGAAAUCUUUGCAUGCUUGAAGAAGCACUCUUCUGCUUCUUGUGUUGUAUGCCUUUCUUAUAGUC